AUGACUGCUCUUUUUGAUGUAUUAGGCGGCAUAAGUGCUGUUGUGCAGAUCCUGCAAACAGCUAUUGAAAUAGCCGAUAGGAUUAGGCAUGCCAAGGACAAAAAAAGUCUUUUCAUGAUCCUCAAUCAAAACCACAAGGAGGUCACUUCGCUUAAGGAUAUUGUAAUGGUUGUCAAGGAAGAGCAGUCUCUCCACACAAAGGACAUAAUAGCGGAACUUGCAAAUAUAGCUACUUUGGCUGAAGAGCUCGAGGAUAUGCUGAGAAUCAUGGAAGGCAAGGGAUUCAUUGGUCGAUUUAUGCAUGGGAAGGAUCACAAAGCAGAGGUUGGCCGCUUGACGGGCAACAUUGCGGGAACCAAGCUUACCUUGACGAUGAAAAUCCAAAAUGCGCAUGUUGGCGUAACAGUCUUGGCCAACAGGAAACUGGUGGUUCAGAUGGAGAAAAUUGAAGCCGUGGAUGCAAAUUUAAAGAAACUGAUCAACGGCUUCGAAGGUUUGUUCAUUGCGUUACUCAUGAAAGACCGAGAGCUGAACGCCGACGGUACGGUGUCAAUCAAUGACUCAGACUUCCAGUCACUCGGACUAGAAACGGUUGAUGAUAGCCCUUACUACGCUGGGUCUCGCCUGAUUGAGAACAAUUUCGCUUUCGACCAGGCACUUAUGAUCAAUGGGACUAUCGGAACUGAAGGGUUUAUUGAGCCAAAAGAUGUUAAGAUAUUCAACAACACGGCCAGAAAUCAGGCAACGAUGAUCAAUGCUUCUAUAUCAGAGAAGACGUGGGCGGAAAGCAGAGAGGAUCGCCGGGAGAUUAUUAAACUGAUGGCCGCCCAAGGUGCCCUUACUAACCUAUUAGAGAAGGGAGAUCCGAAAGGUCUGAUGCGCGAAAUGCCGUGA